AUGCCACAGUCGACUACCAAACGUCUCCGCAGUGUUCCGAGUGUCGUCUGCUCUUCGCGAGCUACUUUGGACAGCGCUGCCUGCUCGGGUGUGGAUUCGACUCUGAAAGAUCUGAAGAGUUGCGUUCGUAGACUGCAGACUUCCCUCGCAACCCAUGCGGAAGAGAUGCAGUUAUUAGAACGGCUGUACUAUAAGGGCAAGAAUCAGCACCGCUCAGCUCUUUUCUGGAGGCGUUUGGAAGAGGUUAGGAAGUACGGCAAACGUCUGCAAGAAAUGGAGCUUUCCAGUCUCCUGGAGCUUCUGCGGUUCUCGUUCUUCGGUACGGCCGCUAUUCAGAACCCUAAAGCUCUGAAGGGAUCGUGGACGCACUACCCUGACGCUCAAUAUUUGUGUUUCGUCAUGGAGCGAUUGUCGUCGUGCUCUCUCCUGCUCGAUAAGACUCAUACUAGGUUGUCGGAAGCAUAUCAAUUCUUUGUAGUUUG